AUGGCCGAUUCAUCGUCGUCGUCAACCACUCCCAAGGGUACUGUCAGGAGACGCGUUACUGGACGAUCCAAUACUGCUGCUUCCCGUGGACCUAUGCCUGGUGGUAGCACUUCCAGCAUGAUGCGUAUUUACUCUGACGAUUCUCCAGGACUUCGAGUUGAUCCUGUUGUUGUGUUGGUUCUUUCCUUGACCUUUAUUGCUUCAGUUUUUGGUUUGCACAUUGUCGGCAAGUUCCUUCGUGCUUAA